AGAGCUUAGGGCAGAGGGCAGAGGGCAGAGGGCAGAGGAAGAAGGAAGACAAGGACUGAACCAAGAAAAGAACAAAUCAAGAACAACCCACCUAAUAUAUUCACUGCCUAAUUAUUACCAAUCAUUAAUACUCGCUUUUCCCUUCCAUUCUUGUUUGGUUCAGCAUCUUGUAAAUGAAAAAUCCCCCAAAAUUUUGCUUUCAAUUUCUAUCCCCAAUUUCUUUGUGUUGUAAUUACUCACCCUUUGUUUUUGGCAAAUUUUCGUUACAACCUUCUCUUGUUGAACCGUCACUACCCUUUAUCCUUUCAAUUUUCUCUCUCUUUCUUUCUUUCUUUAACCCCAUUCCUCCUUUUUCCUCAUUUGGAUUGAUCUCACCCUGACAAGGGGAGGUUUUCAAUCCCGAUUUUCCUCCCUUCGAUUCUUUUCUGCUUCCAUUUCUACGGGAUUUGGAUCACUUUUUGGAUGAAGCAGGAAAAAAUCGAAGGUUUCCAUUGGCAUUCGGGGCUUUUUCUUUCAAAACCGCAAGUGGGUCUUUCAGUUUUUGAUCAUUUGAUUCAUUUCUGAGUUGGGUUUUGGCGAUUGAAGAUUCUUGUUGAAGAACGAAGUGGGGUUCGUCGAUUUUUGCUGAUUUUGAAAGUGCAGAGAAAUUCUUUAAGGAAUUGGAGUUUUGGGUUUUUCUCUUUUGUAUUUUACCUUCUUUGUUCAAUUAUCACCUCGGCAUUUCCUUAGCCGGCUGCUUCCUUGUAUUCCUUAUCAUUUAGGGAAUUAUGUAAAGUUGUUUAUAUAUUGAAUUUCUAGAUUGUUGUAACCAAUCAAUUUGGAUAUUCCUGAUUGAUUGGUGGGAAUUAGGUUGUAUAUUUCUGUGAAUUUGGUUGGAUUAGUUUGUAAAUCCUUGGGGUUAUUUUGUUGCACAUACACAACUUUAGGUGAGAGUAUCAGGUAGAAAGGUGGUCUUGGGCUCUUUUGAUACACUAUAUAGGUUGUGAGAGAAAUCUUUGGGGAAACAAUGAAAUUUCUAAGCAUUGUUGGGAAUUCCUUUGGAUGUUCUGCAUCUGGGGAACGAUUAGUUUCAGCUGCAAGAGAUGGAGACCUGCAAGAAGCUAAGGCUUUAUUGGAAUACAAUCCUCGUUUGGCGAGGUAUUCAACUUUUGGUGUAAGAAAUUCCCCUCUCCAUUACUCUGCUGCUCAUGGCCAUCAUGAGAUUGUCUCCCUCUUGCUUGAAUCUGGUGUCGAGAUCAAUCUACGGAAUUACCGGGGUCAGACUGCCUUGAUGCAAGCUUGUCAACAUGGUCAUUGGGAGGUUGUUCAGACUCUUAUGCUUUUUAGAGCCAACAUUCACAGAGCGGAUUAUUUGAAUGGAGGUACUGCUCUUCAUUUGGCUGCUCUGAAUGGUCAUUCUCGAUGCAUCCGACUUCUGCUUGCUGAUUAUGUUCCUAGUACACCAAAAUUUUGGAAUAUGUUAAAUGGUAGUUCGAACAAUGAAGAACCAGUUUCUAAAUCUGAGUUCAGUGCCCUGAAGGAGGUAGUGAACAGAACAUCAGAUGGAGGCAUCACAGCACUGCAUAUGGCAUCGCUAAAUGGGCACAUUGACAGUGUGCAAUUACUUUUGGACUUAGGUGCCUCUGCUUCUCAGGUUACCGUAGAAGAUGGUACCACCAUUGAUCUAAUAGGUGCUGGAAGCACUGCCCUUCAUUAUGCUGCAUGUGGCGGGAAUGCCCAAUGCUGUCAAAUGUUGAUUGCUAGGGGAGCCGAUCUUACUGCUCAAAAUGCAAAUGGAUGGACUCCCUUGAUGGUUGCUCGUUCAUGGCACCGAGACUGGCUUGAGGAAAUUCUUAGCAAAGAACCAGGAGCAGCAGCAACAAAUCUUGUCCCUUCACCAUAUUUGACUCUUCCCCUUAUGAGCAUUGUUAGAAUUGCUAGAGAAUGUGGAUGGAGAAGUUGUGACUCUCUAUCUACAUGUCAAGAUCCAUGUGUAGUCUGUUUGGAGAGAGAAUGCACAGUUGCUGCACGAGGUUGUGAUCAUGAGUUCUGCACGAGCUGUGCGUUGUACCUUUGUUCCACAAACAGCACAUCAUCAGUUUCUCUUGGUCCGCCUGGUUCAAUAGCAUGCCCACUCUGCCGAAAUGGCAUAGUUUCCUUCGUUAAACUUCCCGGAACGAAGCCAAUUGCCAAAGAGAUCGCCAGAACAAGUUUGUCUCUAUCAUUCUGCACUUGUUCUGGUGAGGCACCAGAACCUCCCACAUUAACCACCCCAUUAUGCAAGCCCGAGUUCACUUGCUCCCGGAUUUCUCCACUCGGAACAUCGUUUCGAUCCCUCAGCUGUCAGAGGUUUCCUUCAAUGAAACUGAACACCAAUCUCUGUAUGGGAGAUCCUCACAGUAGUAGCUCCUCUUUGGUUCCUUGCAAUGUUGACAGGAGCAUGAGGAAUCAUGUUGCCAGGUGUUCGAGAUCGUCAGGUUUUCGACGAACAGCAUCCGAAGGUAGGAGAUCAUGGUUAUCUGCACUGAAUCAGUACGUAACAACUGGAAGCGGAUGCUGAAAAUCAUCUAAGGCAAUUAUAAAUACCUCUUUUCCCCUCAGAAAUUUUACUUUGAAGGUCUUUUUCCCCUCUUUAACAUUUACUUUUUCCUUUUUACUUUAUUCAGUGUCCAUAUACUUGCCCCAAAAAAAAAAGGGAAAAAAAGAGAAGGAAAAAAAAAAAGAAAAGAAAGAAGGAUCAUACUCUGGAAAUGAUCCUAUAUAAUAAUCAUUUUGAUGGUAUGUAAUAUGUUCAGCUCCAUUUAGUUUCAAAUAUGAGCCUCUUUUUUUGGCCCUUCCAUGUAAAAGAAGAGAAUGCUUAAAUUUUUGGUGAGAUUGAUGAAAGGUUUGUAUAUAUGUGCUAUGAAAAGUUCCAAUGUUGUGUAUUGGAAGGAACGUUUAGAUC